AUGAGUACGUUUAGCAUUCCGCUGAAGGUGCUGUUUGACGCUAUUGGCACGACGAUAUCACUUGAGGUCUCUAAUGGUGAGCUCUACACGGGCACGCUGAGCGAGGUGCAGGAUAAUAUGAACGUCUUGCUCAUUUCUGCGAAGAAGACAAAGAAGUCAGGAAAGACGGUGGAUCUGAAUUCCGUGUUUGUUCGCGGCUCCUCCAUCGUUUUUUUUCAGCUUCCUGAUGCCUUGCGCACCAGCCCGGCGUUAGUGAAGGCGGGACAGGUGCUGACCAACGCAUUGGACAAUAGAGGAGAUAGCAAGGGCUUCGGCGCACGGCGUGUAGUAAAGCGAGGACGAGAAUAA